GCCACUAACGACGAACACGCCUCACGAGAGAGACCUCAGUGCGUAGAGCCAAAGUGGAAUUAAUUAAGGAAUUAAGAGUCGAGCAGUGCUGCCUUUUAUGGAUAAAUAGCGGACAGGCUUGAGCUACAGCAGCGAAUAUGCCAUUAAUAAGCCACAACUCCGAAAAGGCGGUAGGCUUCUUACACACACUCAUCCACCGGAAGCCGCUAGAGUGGAAUCGGAUGUAGCGGGCGCGCUGCCGUUGCUAGGCAACGGCGCUAAACCGCCGCCCAAAGGUCUGGGGUGGCUCUGGUAAGAGAAAGGUGGCAGGCGGGCGCGGCGCCGUGUGGCCAGCGGUUGUGUGUCUGGAGCAGGCAGGCAGGCUACUUUGAUUUAGUGGAAAUGCUGAAUGGCUCAAUUGCAGCUGGCUGUGUGUUCGCAUAUGGAUCCAAUAGCAUCCAAUUCCAGUCUUCCUGCAACAAGCCAGGAAAGAUGUCAUCCUGAAGUUCUUAAAGAACAGUCCCAGUUAGAACAUCUGAGGAAUAAUAUCCAACAACAGCUUGUGUGCUGCAAAGAUAAGAAAUUGAAAGAUCUUCAUGUUCCCAAAGAGCGGAGCUCUUCCUGUACUCAGCCAGCAGAAAAUAGUCAGUUGGUCUUAGAGAAAGCAGGUUUUUAUUCUGCUGGCCCCCAUAACUGGUGUUUCAAAAGUCAGGCCAGCACUGUGCCUUCCCACUGGAGAACCAAGCGGAGAGAAGGUGUGGACAGAGCAUAUCCACUUAAGCCUGUCUUUCCCCAGAAACCUGGGAAUGGUCUUUUACCCAGUUCUUGGCAAGUUGGAAAUGCACCAGCUAGAGAGAUUCCUUCCUGUGGCAUUAGCUCAGAGAAAAUAAAAGUGUCGCACACAGUGAAGGCUCAGCCUAUAGGGAUGCACUCUCCAUUUUCUAUACAACAAUUUAAUACAGCAACUUCUCAUUCACAAAGAGCAGAGUCGGGCUAUAUUCAAAAACUGGAGGCUGCUGGACGGAGUUUGGAGGAGGAGAUCCAGAGAAAGGAGGCUCUCCUUAGGGAGAAACUAAGGAAAACAGAAGAAGAGCUCCGUAAAAUCCAGUGGAAAAGACAGCAGGCUGAGGCAGAAGCAAGAAGAGAGCAAGGAGGAUUAUGGAUGCCCCAGAAGAAAACGACAGCCAUUUCUCAAGAUUGUGUUUCCAAAUCUAUGGCACAACUACAUGAUGAUGAUCAAAAAGUGCCUGUUCCAGAGACUGUGAUAGCUUCAACUGGGGCUGCCCUGCUUCCACAGACGCUUCCUAUGGAAAGGCUCAAAAAGCAACGAUUGAUAGCUAGCAACAAUAAAAUUCGAGAAAACUUCUCCAAUAUUUCUUCCACUUAUAGCCUAGAAACGGCAUCUUUACGCAACCAGUCUUGUUCUCCAACAGGAACCCCAUUAGGUCCUGCAGACUCAGUGGCAACAGAAUCGUCAUAUACAGAGGUUCCAAGCAACUUAGAAGAUUGGGGAGAGUGUAAUUUUUGUGGACGGAGACUUUACUGUUCCAGAUUGGAGAAACACAUAAAUAUUUGCAGCAAGAAUCAUGAAUCCAAGAGAAAAGUGUUUGAUUCAAGCAAGGCUAGAGCAAAGGGCACUGAAUUAGAGACGUAUCAUCUCUUGAAGGGCUCAGAUAUUUCACAGAAAAAAACUUCCUGCCAAAGUUCUGAGACUUCCAAACAAAGCAAUGCUAUAUCUAAACAAAGCAAUUGGAGACAGAAGCAUGACUCUUUCAUCAAGACAUUGCGCAGGGCUCGUGAAGUGCAGCGCAUAAUCUCCAAAGGAGGAAAGGUCUCAGAUCUUCCCCCAGCACCAGCCAUGGAAAACCCAGACUACAAAUUGUGCCCAUAUUGUACUCGUCAGUUUGCACCUAAGGUUGCUGAGAGACAUAUUCCCAAGUGCAAGAACAUUAAGAACAGACCACCACCACCACAGCAAAAAAAGCAUUGACAUCUGCAAUUGGUGUAAUCAUAAUUUAAGUUUUUUGCUAUUUUUCUCAGUUUGAUGCUACAGAGUAGCAGCUUCAGUGUAAAACUAAUGAGAAGUCCACAAACUAUAAAUGGAUCAUUAACCUUUGUAUACUACAUGUUACGGUCAGGCACCUAGAUGGGCAAAAAGUAGCUUUGUCUUCAUCAUCCUGAAACUUUGUAGUCUGUAAAAAUACUUCAGUGGGAUUCUUUGCAUAUUUUGCAGUGGAUUUUUUGUCUGUUUCUUAGAAAAUGGAAGAAUGGCCCUACAAAAAGGCCCAUUAAAAAAUUGGAAGAAAAUAUGAAGUUUUUAUAAAUCAUGACUCUAUGCUUGUGACUCUUUGAUGGCACCUGAGACCAGCUUUUUCUUGUAUGAUCUGCAAGAGAUAAAUAACUGAGCUCUCAUGACUGAAAUAAAGUUCUUAGGGUAUGCAAAUUCCUAUUCCUGUGUUGAGUACCAUAACAGAAAGCACCCAUGUUCUAUAAAAAAUCACAUUUUUAAAUAUUAGAAUGAUAGCUGGGGAAGGGUGUUAGGUAUUUCAUUGUAUCACAUAUUACUAUUCACAUCUACCUGGGAAAAGCUUUACAGUCAGUUUUAUUUCCUAUUCUGUAGUACUGCAUAAGGAUAGUUUUUCCCACUUCAAAGUGACCUGCAAAAAAUUGCUGUAAAAGAAAAAAAGCGGAAGUUAUGGAUGGAUUGUACUGUAUAGCAUAAUUGUAGUAGCUCUUGAUUUUCAUCUCUAUGCAACUUUAAGAUCAGUGAAAGGGUACUUAGUUAUCUGGAAGUGGACAUUUGAUUAGCUCUGCCUAUGCUAACAAAUUAAUGAUUACAAUAUCUGGGAAAAGGUCAACCAGAGCAAACAAUCAGCAAACAAAUGGAAUAAAUAUCUUUAUAUGCAAACUAGGUGGCAUAUGCUGAUACAUGCUGUCUUCUGGCAACAAACUUGGUCUGUAUUAAAUAUGCAGAACAUAAUUUGCUUACUGUGGCAAAAGUGUUAUUUACUGAAAGUGGAAAUGUAUGGAUGAAUGUAUUGUCUGGCAAAUAUCAGUCUUGUACAGGUAGUCCCUGAGUUAAAAACACCUGGUUAAAGGACGACCUAUAGUU